CAGUAGCUGCUGCUGCUACGGGGGGAUCAUGGCCGCCUCGAAGCCCGUGGAGGCCAGCGGGGGCGGGAGCGGCUCGGGGAUGCCGCGCUGGCAGCUGGCCCUGGCGCUGGGGGCGCCGCUGCUGCUGGGGGCCGGAGCCCUGUACCUGUGGGGCCGGCGAAGGCGCGCCACGCGGGGCGGAGGCAAAGGGGCGAGCGAGAGGAAGACCCCCGAGGGAAGGGCCAGCCCGGGGCCCGCCGACGGCUCAGGGGCCGGACACCCUGAUGGCCCCAGCGGGGACGAGAUGAGCCCUCUUGAUAGAGCCCAAGCAGCAAAGAACAAAGGCAACAAAUAUUUUAAAGCUGGGAAAUAUGAGCAAGCCAUUCAGUGCUAUACCGAAGCCAUCAGUUUAUGUCCGCCUGAGAAAAAUGCUGACCUUUCUACUUUUUAUCAGAACAGAGCUGCAGCAUAUGAGCAACUGCAAAAAUGGAAAGAGGUAGCACAAGACUGUACAAAGGCAGUUGAGCUAAAUCCCAGAUACAUAAAAGCCCUCUUCAGGCGUGCAAAGGCACAUGAGAAGCUAGACAAUAAGAAAGAAUGUUUAGAAGAUGUCACUGCAGUGUGCAUUUUAGAAGGCUUUCAAAAUCAGCAAAGUAUGUUGCUAGCUGAUAAAGUUCUUAAACUUCUUGGGAAAGAAAAGGCCAAAGAAAAAUAUAAGAACAGAGAACCUCUGAUGCCUUCACCACAAUUUAUCAAAUCAUACUUCAGCUCUUUCACAGAUGACAUUAUCUCCCAACCACUUCUUAGGGGAGAGAAAUCUGAUGAAGAUAAAGAUAAAGAAGGAGAAGCCUCUGUCAUAAAAGAAAACUCUGGCUAUUUAAAGGCAAAGAAAUAUAUGGAAGAAGAAAACUAUGACAAAAUAAUUAGUGAGUGUACUAAAGAAAUUGAGGCUAAAGGAAAAUAUAUGGCAGAAGCUUUACUAUUAAGAGCUACGUUCUACCUGCUUAUUGGUAAUGCAAACGCUGCCAAACCUGAUCUGAAUCAGGUUAUUGGCAUGGAAGAUGCCAAUGUAAAGCUUCGUGCUAAUGCCCUCAUCAAGCGAGGCAGUAUGUAUAUGCAACAACAACAACCUCUGCUCUCUACUCAAGAUUUUAAUAUGGCUGCCGAUAUUGAUCCUCAGAAUGCAGAUGUUUACCAUCACAGAGGGCAGCUAAAAAUUCUGCUUGACCAAGUUGAAGAUGCUGUAGAAGAUUUUGAUGAAUGUAUCCGUUUGCGGCCAGAUUCUGCCUUGGCACAAGCACAGAAAUGUUUUGCAUUGUAUCGUCAAGCCUAUACUGGAAAUAACGCUUUACAAGUACAGUCGGCAAUGAAAGGCUUCGAAGAUGUUAUUAAAAAAUUCCCGAGGUGUGCUGAAGGCUAUGCACUAUAUGCCCAGGCAUUAACAGAUCAGCAGCAAUUUGGCAAAGCUGAUGAAAUGUACGAUAAAUGUAUUGAUCUUGAGCCAGAUAAUGCUACUACUUAUGUUCAUAAAGGUUUACUUCAACUUCAGUGGAAGCAGGAUUUAGAUAAAGGUUUGGAACUUAUAAGCAAAGCCAUUGAAAUUGAUAACAAAUGUGACUUUGCAUAUGAAACUAUGGGGACAAUUGAAGUGCAAAGAGGCAAUCUGGAUAAAGCCAUUGAAAUGUUCAAUAAAGCUAUUAACCUAGCCAAAUCUGAGAUGGAAAUGGCUCACCUCUACUCACUCUGUGAUGCUGCCUAUGCCCAGACAGAAGUUGCAAAGAAAUAUGGAUUGAAACCACCAACAUUGUAAAGAAAGAAUUGGAGGGAAA